AAGGAGAAUGGAAGGACGCAAUGUAAGGCAGAGAAGAGGGAAAAAGAAAAGGAAAGAAAAGUAAAAGGGAAAGGAAAGAGAGAGCGGGAGAGGAGGCGAGUGAGAAGGAAAGAAAAUAUAAUUCCGAGUGUGAUACUCUGAAGAAGGCGGCUGCGCCGAAAAUCGAACCAAAUCGGAGCCAAACGAUGGGUCGUCAAGCUGUUGCCAAGCUCAUAGGGUCGGCCAUUAAUCGCAAAACUUCUUCCUCUUCAUCAUCAUCUUCUGUGUUUUCGCGUGCGGCGUCGCAGAUUCGGCAUUACUCCGCUUCUCCGUCACCUCCACCGGCAGUUUUUGUUGAUAAGAACACUCGCGUUAUAUGUCAAGGGAUCACUGGUAAAAACGGUACAUUUCACACAGAGCAGGCCAUCGAAUACGGCACCAAAAUGGUUGGUGGUGUAACGCCAAAGAAGGGUGGAACAGAACACUUGGGGCUUCCUGUUUUUAACUCAGUUGCUGAAGCCAAAGCUGAAACGAAGGCCAAUGCAUCAGUUAUUUAUGUUCCCCCGCCAUUUGCUGCAGCAGCUAUCUUGGAGGCAAUGGAAGCUGAAUUAGAUCUUGUUGUUUGUAUAACGGAAGGGAUCCCACAACAUGAUAUGGUGCGAGUUAAGGCUGCUUUAAACAAACAAUCUAAAACUAGAUUGAUUGGCCCUAAUUGCCCUGGCAUUAUCAAGCCUGGAGAAUGUAAAAUCGGAAUUAUGCCUGGAUACAUCCACAAACCUGGCCGCAUUGGCAUAGUAUCACGAUCUGGUACCUUGACCUAUGAAGCUGUUUUCCAAACGACUGCUGUUGGCCUUGGACAAUCCACAUGCGUAGGUAUUGGAGGGGAUCCCUUUAAUGGGACAAACUUUGUUGAUUGUAUCGAGAAGUUCCUUGCUGAUCCUCAGACAGAAGGUAUUGUUCUAAUCGGAGAAAUAGGUGGAACUGCUGAAGAGGAUGCUGCCGCUUUGAUAAAGGAAAGUGGGACUGAUAAGCCUAUUGUUGGAUUCAUUGCUGGCCUAACUGCUCCUCCAGGCCGUCGCAUGGGUCAUGCUGGCGCCAUCGUCUCAGGUGGAAAAGGAACAGCCCAAGACAAAAUCAAGACACUACGAGAAGCUGGAGUAACGGUGGUCGAGUCACCUGCAAAAAUUGGCGUGUCAAUGCUUGAAGUUUUCAAACAGAGAGGCCUCGUUAGUUAGAUUGAAAACUAAAAUCUCAGAUUUCAGAGUUCCACCAGUUCCAUUUUACACACAAUUUGGAGUUCCUGCUUCCACCUAAAAUGGUGUAAAAUUUUCAAUAAGGUACCCAACUUUUUGUUGUUAAGAUAUUUUUUGAGGCAUUCAAUGUUUUGAGUUCCGGAGCCUCCGACUGUUGGAGAUUCAUUUUAAAACUCACUUAGAGAGAUACUUUGUGUUUGAUUCAUUUUCGGUUUCUAUAUUAAGUAAUUAUAAUACUGCUGACUUCUUGUGCCUCC